CCUUAGAGAUACAACAAGAUGUACUGGUUUCCGGUAGCAACUCUUCUGCUUGGCGCUCUAGUAGCGACAACAGAGAGCGCCGCAAUAUCCAAAGCUCUUUUUCAAGAAGAGGGACUGGCCUUCUACUUUAUAGAUCGGUUCGUUAAUUACCUCAGAAAAUGUGACGUACUAAAAACUGACAAAGAAAGAGAAUUUACUGAAUCUUUAAAUGGAAUUGGAAGGUUAUAUAGGAAAAAGGCUAAACCAAGUAGAAUAAAACAUCACAUGGUAACUAAAAUUGCUGAAGCAAUUAGUGAACAAUUUGAGGCCGGAAAUGACAUCACUUUUGGUCUCGACUGUGCGAUACAAGCUCUCGCCGCUGCGUUUGAAGAGUGUACGGGUUCAACAGAUGAUAACUUCAUCGAAUCAGUAAAAGAAAUGACAAUUGUAAUGUAUAAUAAUGAAGUCGUAGAAAAAAUAGAAGAAAUGGAAGAAGCUGCUUUAGAAGAACAAAUAGCAUUAGAAGAAAAAGCUGCACUGGAAGAAAAGAUUGCCUUGGGGAAAAAGAUUGCCUUGGAAGAACAGGCUGCUUUAGAGGCUCAACGGCAAGCAGAAGCUCAAUUAGAAGCACAACGGCAAGCAGAAGCUCAACGACAAGCUCAAUUAGAAGCUCAACGGCAAGCACAAGCUCAAAAGCAAUUAGAAUCUCAACGGCAAGCAGAAGCUCAACGGCAAGCACAAGCUCAACGACAAGCUCAAUUAGAAGCUCAACGACAAGCACAAGCUCAACGGCAAGCACAAGCUCAACGGCAAGCACAAGCUCAACGGCAAGCACAAGCUCAACGGCAAGCACAAGCUCAACGGCAAGCACAAGCUCAACGGCAAGCACAAGCUCAACGGCAAGCACAAGCUCAACGGCAAGCACAAGCUCAACGGCAAGCACAAGCUCAACGGCAAGCACAAGCUCAACGGCAAGCACAAGCUCAACGGCAAGCACAAGCUCAACGGCAAGCACAAGCUCAACGGCAAGCACAAGCUCAACGGCAAGCACAAGCUCAACGGCAAGCACAAGCUCAACGGCAAGCACAAGCUCAAAAGCAAUUAGAAGCUCAAAGGCAAGCACAAGCUCAACGGCAAGCUCAAGCUCAACGACAAGCACAAGCUCAACGGCAAAUAGAAGCUCAAAGACAAGAGCAAGCUCAACGGCAAGUACAAGCUGAACAUCAAGUACAAACUCAACAUCAAGUUCAAGCUCAACAUCAAGUACAAGCUCAACAUCAAGUACAAGUUCAACGGCAAGUAGAAUCUCAAGUGCAAGUACAAGCUGAACAUCAAGUACAAGUUCAACAUCAAGUACAAGCUCAACAUCAAGUACAAGCCCAACAUCAAGUACAAGUUCAACGCCAAGAAGAAUCUCAAGUGCAAGUACAAGAUGAACAUCAAGAACAAGUACAACAGCAAGUACAAGCUCAACAUCAAGUACAAGCUCAACAUCAAGUACAAGCUCAACGUCAAGUACAAGCUCAACAUCAAGUACAAGCUCAACAUCAAGUACAAGCUCAACAUCAAGUACAAGUUCAACGGCAAGUAGAAUCUCAAGUGCAAGUACAAGCUGAACAUCAAGUACAAGCUCAACGGCAAGUACAAGCUCAACGGCAAGCACAAGCUCAAAAGCAAGCACAAGCUCAACGGCAAGCAGAAGCUCAGCGGCAAGCUCAAUUAGAAGCUCAACGGCAAGCAGAAGCUCAGCGACAAGCUCAAGUAGAAGCUCAGCGACAAGCUCAAGUAGAAGCUCAACGACAAAAGCAAGCUCAAUUAGAAGCUCAACGACAAAAGCAAGCUCAAUUAGAAGCUCAACGACAAGCAGAAGCUCAACGACAAGCUCAAUUAGAAGCUCAACGUCAAAAGCAAGCUCAAUUAGAAGCUCAACGACAAGCAGAAGCCCAACGGCAAGCAGAAGCUCAACGACAAGCUCAAUUAGAAGCUCAACGGCAAGCAGAAGCUCAACGGCAAGCAGAAGUUCAACGUCAAAAACAAGCUCAAUUAGAAGCUCAACGACAAGCAGAAGCCCAACGGCAAGCAGAAGCUCAACGACAAGCUCAAUUAGAAGCUCAACGACAAGCAGAAGCUCAACGACAAGCUCAAUUAGAAGCUCAACGGCAAGAAGAAGCUCAACGACAAGCACAAGCUCAAAAGCAAUUAGAAGCUCAGCGGCAAGCACAAGCUCAACGGCAAGUAGAAGCUCAAAGACAAGAGCAAGCUCAACGGCAAGUACAAGCUGAACAUCAAGCACAAGUUCAACGGCAAGUACAAACUGAACAUCAAGAACAAACUGAACAUCAAGUACAAGCUCAACAUCAAGUACAAGCUCAACAUCAAGUGCAAGCUCAACAUCAAGUACAAAUUCAACGGCAAGUAGAAUCUCAAGUGCAAGUACAAGCUGAACAUCAAGUACAAGCUCAACAUCAAGUACAAGCCCAACAUGAAGUACAAGUUCAACGGCAAGAAGAAUCUCAAGUGCAAGUACAAGCUGAACAUCAAGUACAAGCGCAAAAGCAAGUACAAGUUCAACGGCAAGCACAAACUCAACGACAAGUACAAACUCAACGACAAGUACAAACUCAACGACAAGUACAAGCUCAACGGCAAGUUCAAGCUCAACGGCAAGCACAAGCUCAACUGCAAGUAGAAGCUCAACGGCAAGCACAAGCUCAACGGCAAGCACAAGCUCAACGGCAAGCAGAAGUUCAGCGACAAGCUCAAUUAGAAGCUCAACGGCAAGCACAAGCUCAGCGACAAGCUCAAUUAGAAGCUCAACGGCAAAAGCAAGCUCAAUUAGAAGCUCAACGGCAAGCAGAAGCUCAACGUCAAAAGCAAGCUCAAUUAGAAGCUCAACGACAAGCAGAAGCCCAACGGCAAGCAGAAGCUCAAAGACAAGCUCAAUUAGAAGCUCAACGGCAAGCAGAAGCUCAACGUCAAAAGCAAGCUCAAUUAGAAGCUCAACGACAAGCAGAAGCCCAACGACAAGCUCAAUUAGAAGCUCAACGGCAAGCAGAAGCUCAACGUCAAGCUCAAUUAGAAGCUCAACGGCAAGCAGAAGCUCAACGACAAGCACAAGCUCAAAAGCAAUUGGAAGCUCAACGGCAAGCACAAGCUCAACGGCAAGUAGAAGCUCAAAGACAAGAGCAAGCUCAACGGCAAGUACAAGCUGAACAUCAAGUACAAAUUCAACGGCAAGUACAAACAGAACAUCAAGAACAAACUCAACAUCAAGUACAAGCUGAACAUCAAGUACAAGUUCAACGGCAAGAAGAAUCUCAAGUGCAAGUACAAGCUGAACAUCAAGUACAAGCUCAACAUCAAGUACAAGUUCAACAUGAAGUACAAGUUCAACGGCAAGAAGAAUCCCAAAAGCAAGUACAAACUCAACGGCAAGCUGAAGCUCAACGGCAAGCAGAAGCUCAACGACAAGCUCAAUUAGAAGCUCAACGGCAAGCAAAAGCUCAACGACAAGCUCAAUUAGAAGCCCAACGGCAAGCAGAAGCUCAACGACAAGCUCAAGCUGAAGCUCAACGGCAAGCAGAAGCUCAAAGGCAAGCAGAAGCUCAACGACAAGCUCAAUUAGAAGCUCAACGGCAAGCAGAAGCUCAACGACAAGCAGAAGCUCAACGACAAGCUCAAUUAGAAGCUCAGCAGCAAGCACAAGCUCAAAAGCAAUUAGAAUCUCAACGGCAAGCAGAAGCUCAACGGCAAGCACAAGCUCAAAAGCAAUUGGAAGCUCAACGGCAAGCUCAAGCUCAAAAGCAAUUAGAAGCUCAACGGCAAGCACAAGCUCAACGGCAAGUGGAAGCUCAAAGACAAGAGCAAGCUCAACGACAAGUACAAGCUGAACAUCAAGUACAAGUUCAACGGCAAAUACAAGCUGAACAUCAAGUACAAACUCAACAUCAAGUACAAACUCAACAUCAAGUACAAGUUCAACGGCAAGUAGAAUCUCAAGUGCAAGUACAAGCUGAACAUCAAGUACAAGCUCAACAUCAAGUACAAGUUCAACAUGAAGUACAAGUUCAACGGCAAGAAGAAUCACAAGUGCAAGUACAAGCUGAACAUCAAGUACAAGUUCAACGGCAAGUAGAAACUCAACGGCAAGUGCAAGUUCAACGGCAAGUAGAAGCUCAACAUCAAGUACAAGCUCAAAAUCAAGUACAAGUUCAACGGCAAGUAGAAUCUCAACAGCAAGUACAAACUCAACGGCAAGUCGAAACUCAAAUUCAAGUACAAGCUCAACGGCAAGUACAAACUGAACGGCAAGUUCAAGAUCAACGGCAAGCACAAGCUCAACGGCAAGCACAAGCUCAGAAGCAAGUAGAAGCUCAACGGCAAGCACAAGCUCAACGACAAGCACAAGCUCAGAAACAAGCAGAAGCUCAACGGCAAGCACAAGCUCAGAAGCAAGCAGAAGCUCAACGGCAGGCAGAAGCUCAACGACAACAAUUAGAAGCUCAACGGCAACAGUUCAUGUCAGCAGCAGCAAAACAGAGAAUGGCAUCUAUGGCAAAUGCUCUAUCUGGUAUUAUGAGUGAUGGAAAAAUGAACUUUCCUGCCUUUUCGAACUCCUUAUCUGGCGUUGCCAGCCAAAUUAGAGCAGGAUCAUCGAAGUUAUCUAAAGAAGAAAUCUUAGUUGAGUUACUCUUGGAAACAAUGUCGGCUCUUAUUGAAUUACUAUCACCGGGAAAAGGAGGUAUUGCUUUUAUGGACACUAUCCUCAGAGCUUUAGCUUAA